UAAACUUUGAGCAGAGCAGAAGAAGCAGAGCAGAGCAGAAAUAUCUCUGAAUCACACAGGCAACAGAGUCAUGGCAACUAUUCAUCGACAGAUUCCUUACACACCUAAAGCCCCUGUCAGACAGGGAAUAUACAGUCAGGCGGUGGUUGCGGACAGAACCAUGUAUAUCUCCGGUCAGCUGGGGCUCGAUGUGGCCUCUGGUCAGCUGGUAGAUGGAGGAGUCCAGGCCCAGGCCAAACAGGCUCUCGUCAAUAUGGGGGAGAUCCUUAAAGCUGCUGGCUGUGACUACACCAAUGUGGUGAAGACGACCGUGCUGCUCUCAGAUAUAAAUGACUUCAACAGUGUCAAUGAGGUCUACAAGACAUUUUUCAGCAGUAACUUUCCUGCCAGAGCUGCCUACCAAGUCGCUGCUCUACCUAGAGGUGGACUGGUGGAGAUUGAGGCGGUUGCUGUCCUCGGUCCUCUCUCAGACUCCUGACAAGCCGACCACAUCACAAACAAGUUAUAGCCUAACCACCAAACGGCCGUAUAGUUGUGCUGUGGAAGCCUUAUUAUAUUUCCAGAUGACAAAUGAAAGACCAAACUAGGAUCUUGUUCAAUUUCCUUUUCCGUACUGUCAGGUUUUAGCAUGAAAUAGUUUCUCUUCUGUUCACUGUGGCUGGUUGAUGGCACUGCUGAACUAUUUUCAGGAUUGUACUACUGGAAAACCACCUUUAAACUAACAAAAGAGAAGCACUUAACUGACCAGCAUUUAGUUUGUGACUAAAGGUAAUUUCAUACCUGACAUACUCCAUGAAGCAGAUUGUGAUCAUAAUACCAUUUCCUCAUUCCGACAGAAAUCAGCCUUCUUUUGUGCCGUCUCUGGUUUCAUAACUCAUCUUCUGUUUUUCUCCUGAAUAAAAAAAACUGACACACAUUUGAAAAGAGAAGCUCUCACUAAUAAAUAAAU